AUGCGCCGCGUCGCGUCACGACUGCCAGUGGCUGCAGCAAGUCUCACUGGCACAUCCAAGGGCCAGUACCAGAGGUCUCCCGUGGGCAGAGUAGACAAUUCUUUCAACCUGCGCGCGCUCCGGAUAUUCUUGUCAUCACAGCCCGUCUCGUCUGUUGCCACCUCGCUCGCGGACGGGGAGUCGAUAGAGAAGUACGUUGAAGAUUCAGGACAAGGAGUUCGAGCUCACGCCUAUGCCACUGCGGACCGAGAUAUCGACCUCGCGGACCGCAUAGCGAUCACCAAAUACCUCAAACGACGAGCCAACUCGCUAUGGGACGAGCGCGCCGUCGCCGAAGGGGAGGAAGAACUCCCUCGGAUGCUCCCUAUCGUCCGACUCAAGGUCGAUACCACAGGUGUUUCCAAGCUCUCGAACCCCGUACGCUUCGGACAGGAGUUCCAGGGCCAACUCGCGAACCCGCGGGACGUGCUCGUCUUCCACCGUGCUAAGGUGGCUGCGCGGCGUCGCGGUCCGAAGGUCACUGCGGACCAGCACGAGCUCAGCAUCGACGAUCCCGACCUGAGCAUCUCGGAGAAGCUCUCGAAGGUGCGCGCGCAAACGCUCGCGCGGGAGUACCUGGCGGCGCAGGAGCUCCAGCUGCUCGGCGAGGUGGGGAUGCCGGAUUCGAUCGAGACGUUCAUGGACAAGGACGAUAUACACGCUAUUCAGACAAGAACCGGGCCCCUGCUGCCAUUCAAGUGA